UUUGUGGCUCAGUUUGUAUCUCGUGGCCCUCGGGGCCAUCCCAAAGAUAAGCCGCUGCUAACCAGCGGCCACGUUCCAGUUUCACGUACAACAAAAGCCGAGAAAGCAGACAAGUCAAAAAAGAACCUGUGCUUCGUAUCACCAGAGGAGGAAGAAGAGAGCAGGGGAAGAGGAGGCAGAAAUGGCUGCAAUAUCAGCAGCAAUCUCCGGCUGCUGCUCUUCGUCCUGUCUGUCCCAGUCCCAGCGGGGCCUACCGUCCCCCGCAAGGAGAAGGCACUUCAAGGUCACGGCCAUGGCUCCCAAGAACAAGGUGAACAAGUACGACGAUGGGUGGUCCAAGCAGUGGUUCGGCGCGGGGAUCUUCGCGGAGGGGAGCGAGGAGGCGUCGGUGGACGUGUUCAAGAAGCUUGAGAAGCGCAAGGUACUGAGCAGCGUGGAGAAGGCGGGGCUGCUGUCCAAGGCGGAGGAGCUCGGCGUUACGCUCUCCUCGCUGGAGAAGCUCGGACUGCUCUCCAAGGCCGAGGACCUGGGACUCCUCAGCCUCGUCGAGAGCGCGGCCACGGUGUCCCCGGCCGUGCUCGCGUCACUGUCGCUGCCGCUGGUCGUCGCCUCCAUCGCCACGGUCGUCUUCGUGCCGGACGACUCCACACUGCUCGUGACGGUCCAGACGGUCGUCGCUACGUUGUUCGCGGCCGUCGCUGCCGGGCUGUUCGUCGGCUCCGUCGUGCUCGACGGACUGCAGGACGAUUAGCGCCUUCACUCCGUUAAUGUUUGUUUUGUAGUAGGAUAGACCACCAGUCGACCACUGCUACUACGAAUAAUAGUGAGUUAUAUUCGUUCAA